AUGCUUCGUACCCUAAUGGACACUGCUCAAGAAAGUCCCCAGGGACUUCCCGGGGACUCCACAUCCAAUGCAGUUAGUAAAAUGACUGACGAAUUAAUGAAACGUAUCGCUACAAGAAAAUCAAAAACUCAUAAAAAUUUUCGUGAUGUACUUCUUGUCAUUAAUGGUGGAAUAUCAGAUAUUUCAUCGUUAUUAAUGAAAUAUGUUCCUUAUAUAACGUUUGAUUUAUCGAAACAAAACAAACCAACUGAAAAUGAUAUUGCACAAAUAAUGUAUUAUUUAGAAAACAUAAAUAUUAUGUCCAAUACUUAUUACACAGAAUUUUUUCCAAGUGUCGAAGGAUUACUCAAAGAGAAAGAUAUUAUAAAUACGAGUAUUGGGAAAGGUUUAGCUGUGGCAUUUUAUUUUAAUUAUGCAAAAUUAAUUGCAUUGUUACAAGAUCACACUGAACGUGUCAAAUUGAUUAAAUUAGAAGUAGAAAAUGAAAAUAUAUCUGAUAAAAAACAGCAUAUAUUCAUUGAUAAAUGGAUAUUUGUUUUACCAUGGACAACAGCCGAAUCUGGAGCACUUUUAACAAAAUGUUGUUCGAUUAAAAAUGAAGAGUUUAAACUAGCAUUGUGGAAAGCAAAGAAUUCCAAAGCUCAUAAAGGUAUUACAUUUACUCUGGGUGGAAUGGUUGGUAGAGAUUAUACUCCACUUGCAUUUUAUGAAUUAACUAAAACGAAAGAAGAUAAGACAUUUGUAUUUGCCAUGGAAGUGCCAGCUGCUUUUCACGGUUUGAAAAAUCGAUAUGAAAAUUUACGUUCAAAGUUCAGCUUUGGAGAAUUUCAUCCUGUUCAACAAGCAAAAAAUUUCCAGGAAGAAGUUGAACAUUGUUAUAACAGAGAUAAAAAUGCUGAAUGGCACAAUAGUAUUAUAUUGAUAUCAUUGCCAACUCCGCCAAAUUCUGCUAAUAGCGAUGAAUUUACAUCAAAAUUUUUACUUGAAGAAUUGUGGACACAAUGUUGCGCUACAUAA